AUGGUCACAACACAAUUAAAGUUUAAACUAGACACAGGCUCAUCAGUUUGUGUGCUAAGUGAUUUAGUUCCAUGGCUAGAGGGAAUUACGUUGGAGAAACCUCAACAAAAGGUCCAAGCUCAAAGUUAUGGGAACUUUCAUGGCUACCAUGAAAUACCGUCAGAGUAA